AUGGCCCUGAAACCUCGUGAUUAUGUUCUAGCAGGCUUUGGCGGAUUCAUCGCUUGGGGGCUUGCUAUCCAGUGGCUUCCUAUUCUUCGGUACCUGGGAUAUGCCUUGGUUCUAGGGGCUUUUCUUUCGUUGGCCGCGAUCUUGGGUCUCGUACUUCUCACGACACGAAACUUACCCUUUUCCAAGUUCACCCGUCGCAAGACUCUUCCUGUCGCAUUCAUCGCACGCCAACACUGGAAGAAUGAGGUCCAAGGAUAUCAGAAGCGCGCCGAGUAUCAUGUGGAGUCGCUCUACCCACAUUCUUUUAUUGUCUCCGAAGGCAUAGACGAAAUUCUCUCAUUUAUCACCCGCGAUUUCAUCGCGUCGUGGCACGGCAGUAUCAGCGCAAGCCCCGCUUUUCCCAAUGAGGUGGAUAAGGUGAUACGGACAGCAAUUGGGAAUAUACGAGAUAGACUACUAGCGGAGGAUAUUGUGUCCCUGGUCGUCUCCCGCAUUUUUCCCAUUCUGACCACGCACCUCAAGGAGUUUGACAUCGCGGAGCGAUCUGUGAGGGGAAGAAACUUGACCCGCAACGUCACCGAAUCCGAAGAGUUGGAUCUUGCUAUCUCAAACAAAUAUCGUGAUGGCCACUUACAUCCAGCCGCAGUUCUUUCUCUUUCCGACCAGAAGGUAGUGGAGCAGGAGUACUUGCGCAAGAUAACCGUUGGGUUACUGCCUCAAUUGUUCCCUGCGAACGUCCUUAAUAGUCGCAUUGUCUCGGUACUCAUUAGGGAAAUCAUUUCGUGCGCUGUGCUUUUCCCUCUAGUCUCAGUAAUCUCAGACCCGGACACUUGGAAUCAGUUAAUGGAGGCCUAUGGUCGAAGCACUCUUCAGGAUCGCAAAACGGUACGAAAGCUUCGGGCUGCCCUAGAUGAACAUGCUUCUCCUGUCCCCAAGUCGAAGCGCGGCCACCCCUUCCCACGCCUUUCACCUAACGAUUCCGAGCGAGCUUUUGAGCGGUUUGUUCGAACUAUUCGACGUUGCAAUAAUCUAUCCGAUGCUCGACGAUACAGGGCUCUUCUCGCUAGCCAGUUGAAACGAGAGUCAAUGGUGGAAGGGCAGGACCCGGUUUACCUCAGACGACUCGAAACAGGCAAGAGGGUUCUGGAUCAAAAGGUGGCCAAGCUUUCAGCUCCUAAUAACGAAACGUCUCAUGUUGCAGCCGCCGCUUCGCACUUUCGCCGUAAGAGCUCAUCAGUGACUCAGGAAGCGUCUCUGAUUGAGGUGAUGCAUGAUGCUUCGGGUCUCUCGUAUUUUAUGGAAUUCAUGGACCGUCAGCAUCUCAUGUCACUCGUGCAAUUUUGGAUUGUGGUCGAUGGGUUUCGUAAUCCGCUUGAGGACGACUUUGGGGAUGAGUCCUCCCCCAGCUCUAGGACUUGGACUACAGCGGACAGAAAUGAUAUGGCCUUGAUUAGCGCAACCUACCUCACGAAACCCGAACUGAAGGUCACGGAAGAAUCCCGUCAAGCAGUAAAGACCUUUCUAAGUGCCGGGAAACGUGCCACUUCCGAACAGUACCGCAGAGCCCGUACUGUGAUAUUGAGCACGCAGUCUGCAGUAUUGGAGGAGCUACAAGAAGUUCACUACCCCAAGUUCAAACAAUCAGAUCUGUACUGGAAAUAUCUUGCGUCUGAUGACGUCUCGCAUAGUAACGCCGUCAUUCCGUCGCCUUCGUCUCAGCAAAGCUCUAUGGGCGCCCCUGAGGUUCCAGAGAGACGCCCGCUCCCUCCGUUGAUGAAUCGAACAGCGUCUCAACCAGGCCCCAAACCAAGAAAGAAUCUACGAAGAGCUGCUAUCUCAUCUAGUGAUAUUUCGGGUUUGGGGAAACUUUUUGACGGCGAAGAGUCAACUAGGCGUUCAAUGGACUCCGAGCGUUCAGCGCCGCUAUUUGAUGAUGAUUAUGAUACAGAUCCACUUGCCACGUCUACCCAAAGUCUUGGACGAGAUAAUCCGAGUGGAGAGUCCGAGAGCAAUGAGAAGAGAGUGAUUGAAAACAUGGAGGCGGCUCUGAAUGAUAUUAUUACAAACGCCCCUCAGAAUGGGAGAAUCGAGGACCUGUCUGCUAGUGAUAUGAAUCAAGGGUCACCGAGAAGCUCACUCGAAUCUUCUCGCGUAGAAGCCAGGGGAGGUGAUAGAUUGAAACCCAGCAUCGCUUCCCUGGGGCUUGUGGACGGGUCCUCACGCCGCGGAGUGUUCGAUGACGAUCUUUUUCCGGAGCAGCAAAAAUACCUUGAAGAUGAAUACGAAGAGCCAGAAGGUACAGAUGGCAAGGACUCUGCGGACGAGAUUCAUGAAGCGGCGCCGGGAGAUCUUGGCUUGACGGAAGCAAUUCAGGUGCUCACGACAGACAUUGAGAAGCUCGGGUCUCAAGAAGCAGUGGUCGACACGUUGACUCGAAAGGCGGAACUUACUAACAAUACAGCAGAGCUAAGAAUCCUACGAAAGUCAAAAAUCAGCAUUCAACGAGAACUCCACCGCAAAGAAAUGCAACGUCAGCAGUAUAUGAUCCAGGAAAGCGACAACAGCCUAUAUGGCCGGUCGACCGUCCGAAUCAAGUCCAUUGUAGUGGGCAAGGAGGAGGACGGUCGAGAGUUUGCGAUGUAUGUUAUCGAAGUACAAAGGGACGCUGGGGAGCAGAUGCCAGCAGCAUCUUGGGCAGUCGCGCGUCGAUACAGUGAGUUCCAUGAGCUUCACCAUCAGUUACGCAUGCGGUACCCGUCUGUUCGUAAUUUAGAGUUUCCCCGGCGGCGGAUGGUCAUGAAACUUCAAAAGGAGUUCUUGCAGAAGCGACGUCUGGCUUUAGAGGCGUAUCUUCAGCAAUUGUUGCUUCUUCCUGAAGUAUGCAGAAGUCGUGACUUGCGCGCGUUUCUUUCUCAGCGGGCAAUCAUUCCACGCAACGAGGCCCCGCGGGAUGGAGAGACAAAGGAUCUCGUGACUCGUAUUUACAACUCUGUUGCCGACGGCAUGGAUGAUUUUUUGGGAAAUUUUGGCGUACUAGACCAACUUUCAAUCGCCGGGCAGAAUCUCAUCUCCGCAGCCACCAACCAACAACAACCCAACAGUGUAAUACCAACUGAUUCCGGGCUCGCGACCGAAGAUGCCGUCACGACCGCCGAAGCUGAAGCCGAACUAAACGCUUUUGAGGACCGCGAACUCGAACCCUUCAUCAAGCCCAUCUGCGAUCUCUUCUUGGAAACCUUUGAGCUCAACAAGGGCAACAAUUGGCUCCGCGGCCGUGCAGUGGUCGUUGUCCUCCACCAGCUCCUCGGCGGCACGAUCGAGCGUAAAGUCCGUGAGGGCGCCCGUUCCUUGGUUCAAGAUGAACAUCUCCUCCGCUGUCUGACGACGGCAAAGGACACGCUCUGGCCCGGCGGCGUUUUCCGGGAAAGCAAAGUGCGCACGAUUUCAGAACGUCUCAAGAGCCGAACAGAGGCUAGCCUAGUUCUUGCUACGCUUGUUCCAGAGCUUGUGGGCAAUGUAGUCGGACGCGCAAAUGCCCAGGCUGCAGCGAGGAGGGUCUUUGCGACACUGAACAAUCAACGGUUGAACGCACAUUUGAUCUUCACACUCCUGGACGAAGUUGUCUUGGUCCUGUUUGGUGGUGAAAAGACUCCAGCACGAAUUCGACUGUGA